UUGUUCAAGAGCUCGUUCGGAAUUGGCAUGUUGAGUCUACCCUACGCGUUUUCAAAGUCGGGCAUGGUUCCAGGGAUGAUUGCAAUCUGCAUCAUCGCCAAAAUUACCAAUUUCUCUACUAAGCUUCUGGUCUGGAACAAGAGAAAAUUGCAGAGUGGAACCAACAGCGUGCUUGGGAUCCCAGACAUCGCCUACCUGUGCUGGGGUUGGCCUGGCCUGGCGGUCGCAAGCGCUGUCAUCAUCUGUUGUCAGGUGGGAAACUGCAUCGCGUACACUAUCUUCCUCGCUCUCACCACCUCCUCGCUGCUGGAGGAGUCAAGUGCUGGCUUUGGCAUCCUGCAGGAGAGCGAAUCACCUUUCAUCCCCCUCGCACUGUGCUGGGCGGUGCUUUUCUCUUUCCUGGUGCAGAUGAAGGAGCUCAAGACUUAUGCUCCUCUUUUAUUCACAGCACAGAUAGCUCACAUCACAGCCGUUAUCACAAUCAUCUUUUACGGCCUUUUACAUGAUCACGUGUGCGGGGAGGUAGAAGUGAAAGUAUUCUGCAGCGUCAGAGUUGGAACGCAUUGGGAGACGUUUCCAAUCUUCCUGGGGAUUGCAGUCUUUGCUGUAGAGGGCAUUCCCAUGGUUCUAGCGAUCGAAAAUUCAAUGGCAACCCCAGAACGGUUUGAGACUGCAUUCGAUAGAGCACAGAUUUGUCUAGUUUCUUGCUUCCUGGCAUUCGGCGUGAUGGGAUAUUGGCUUUAUGGUGAUAACACGAAGAGUGUGAUUGUUUUGAACGUGUUGGGAACAACCGGGCUCAUGGUAAAGGCGCUGCUCUGCCUGGUCAUAUCUCUGUCUUACCCCCUCCAAUUCAUGCCAGCUGGGGAAUGGAAAGAAAAGUUCUGGAUGGUCUUGAAGGUUUGCGCUGUCCUUGGCGGUGCCUGGGUUGCUAUUAUUUUCCCCCAUUUUGGUCACUUCCUUUCCAUAUUGGGCUCCAUAACGUUUUCUCUCAUCACCUUCUUCCUCCCUCCUCUGUUCUACUUGCAGACCUUCCACUGGCAAGUCAGCAAUCGCAUGUUGGCAGCUUGUCUGCUUACCUCAUGCUUUGGUGUCGCUGUCACAUGCGUCGGCCUCUGGAGCAACCUG